UCUGCUUGAGAAUGAUAAUGUCCGAGCGCUUCAGGUUAGUUCCAUGUCAUGAGAUAUAAACAGGCGCAGUCUGCAAAUCCAGAAAAUGAAACAAACUGUGUGAAGGAGGAGUUAGCGUCGACUUACAGUUCAGAAAACAUUAACAUAAUAAAGACAUGAAAAUGGAGUUUUCUACUGUAUUGUUACUGGUUUUCAUUUGUAACUUUGACCUUUUGGUGGGCCAGCAGCAGUCCCAAAUCGAUCAGACCAGUCCGAUGAACCACCAGGCCAAUGUUGGAAAUACAGUCCGCAUGGAAUGUAAAGUCAAGAAUAUCGGGUCAUCUACGGUUACUUGGACGUUUGUGAACCACAAUGUCUUGAUUUCCUCCGGCUACGAAGUUUUUAUCGAGAAGGGUAUUACCGAGACCCGCUACAGUGUCCAGCGACCGGCAGAUUCUGGCCCGUAUAGUUUCUUCACGUUGGUGAUUGCUGGUCUUCAGGAAGAGGACCAGGGCCAUUACAAGUGCGCCAUAAAGGGAACUGAAAUUUCGUCUGUUCACAACCUUAAUAUCACAGAGGCAGCACCUCCCCCGGUGAUUCCGAACGUGAGCCAGAACUUCAACUUUACAGACUGCUGUGUGACCGAGGGUGUAUCUGCUACAUGUAUGCCUGCCUGUACCCCUUACUCUGUCAGUGUAGGGGGGUAUUUGCCUUAUAUAACAUAA